UCGUUCCGAUCUGUACGGUCCUCAAACACGUGUUAAAAGUUUUAAAUUUUUUUGUUAUUCUUGUGAUUUAUAAGUCAAAUAUUAUAUUAAAUUUUAAAAACAGUUCUAUCAGUAAAGCGGUCAGUUAUAAUGUGUUGAUUUGGAAAGCAUGAAAUUGAAUCAUUUCCAAAAAGUCUUCAUUGGAUGGUCAAUUGUUAUUACCGGUGGUCUUUAUUCGUUUGUUCUAUCAAAGCGAUAUGUCGAUUCCAAGCGUUAUGAUAGUAUGAAAGCUAGAGAACGCAUGCGAUUAUCAAAUAUAGGAGAAUACGAUCAAAGUUCAAGGAAAUUCUAA